AUGGGCACGCGCUCGCCGCCCGCGCGCAUGCGCGCCACCUCCUGCUUCUCCCCCCUCAUCGCCCUGGACACCUCCCGCGAUGCCACGCACACCCCUGACCCCUCUCACUCUCCCUGGACCCCUUUCCCCUCCUCUGCUCUCUGUUCCGCGCCGCCCGAGCGAAGCUCGUCGCCGCCGACGCCGUUCACCGUAGCCACCACCUCCUCCUCAACCUCUCUCCACGCCCAGAAGCUCCGCCACGUCGCGGGCUACCUCUCCAUCGAGCCACGCGCCUCGGGAGGCCCUGGAGCGCCUCCAUCGCCAUCGCCUUCCUCCUCGGGCUCCGCCGUCUGCCGCCGUCGAUUCGCCGUCACCAGGUCUCCCCCGAGCCCGCUGUGCUGCUCCGCGUGA